AUGGCAGUUAUCAAAUGGCUGGUCCACUUUCAAAUAUUCGACAUCGUGCCGUCUGAGGGGACUAUUACAUAUACAGAGCUCGCCGCCAAAGCCAACGUCGCUGUUGUCCAUGCAAAGAGCAUAAUGCGCAUGGCGAUAACCAGUGGGCUUUUCGAGGAGCCUGAGCCACAGAAGGUAGGACAUUCUGCUGCCUCACUCUGUAUCCGGAAUGAUCAGAAUGAGCGCACGCGUGCUGCAUGGUUCUGUGACGUCUCUGCGCCAACUGCAGCAGCCAUGGUAUAUGCCCAUGCCAAGUGGCCACAGAGUCUGAGUAGAACGCACACGGCGCAUAAUAUGGCGAACGACACCGAUCUUCCAUUUUUCGAGCAUCUAGCUCAACACCCCGAGCGUAAAGCCCACUUCGAGAACCUUAUGAAGGCUGCAGGGUCUGCGCGGCAUCUCAGCACCGAGCACACGAUUGCAGGAUUUGACUGGGCUGGUCUGGGUGAAGCUACUGUCGUUGAUGUUGGUGGUUCAACAGGACACGUCUCGAUCGCCCUGGCCCGGAAGUUUCCGUCGUUGAAAUUCAUAGUCCAGGACCUUCCUGACGUCGUUGCGAAUGCCCAAUCUGGUGUCCUCUCCCUUCCCGACGGUGCUGCCCUUGGAUCGCGGAUCACAUACCUCCCUCACAGUUUUUUCGAUCCUCAGCCAGUUCAAGGGGCUGCUGUAUACUUCCUCCGCAUGAUCCUGCAUGACUGGCCGACCGACGAUGCUGUCAAGAUCCUCUCCCAGCUUGUCGCGGUGCUGGGAAAAGACUCCCGGAUUAUAGUAAUGGACUCUGUAAUGCCCGACCCUGGAGCUGUGCCGCUGCAGAGGGAAAGGGUACUACGUGCACAGGACCUGACUAUGAUGCAGAGCUUUAAUGCCCAGGAGCGGGCAGCGGAGGAUUGGAAAGAGAUAUUCCAGCAAGUAGAUGAGAGAUUGGAGAUAAAGGCGAUUAACCAGCCGAUAGGAAGUGAUAUGGCAUGUAUGGAGCUGGCCUUGAGAGGUGUUGAUUACGGCGAUUGA